UUUGCUCAAAAUUCAAGAACGAAGGAACGCACACUCAUUUCAGUCGAAUAAUUGGUCACAGCCAUGGGUAUUAUUAGCAAGGCACUUGUGGCACGGCAGUUCUUCAGGGCCCAAUUCGCUUCACCGCAUAAAUGCAUCACCCGCAAUGCGUCGACUGCUCUGGAUGCAACUCUUGGUCUCAGCGAGGAACAGAUCCAAAUGCAAAAAACGGCGUCCGACUUUGCUGAAAAGGAAUUUCUGCCAUACAUGCAAGAAUGGGACGAAAAAGAGAUAUUCCCGGUGGAAGCGAUGCGCAAGGCAGGCGAGCUGGGGUUCGGCGGCGUCUACAUAUCGGACCAGUACGGAGGAGCUGGACUAAGCAGGCUCGACGCAUCGGUCAUAUUUGAGGCCCUCGCCAAAGGAUGUGUCAGUACCACCGCCUACAUCACCGUGCACCACAUGGCAUUGUGGAUGAUCGACCAGUACGGCACCCACGAACAGAAGCAGAGGUGGCUGCCCGACCUGUGCUCCAUGGAGAAGUGCGCCUCGUACUGCCUCACCGAGCCUGGUAGCGGCAGCGAUGCGGCGUCCAUCAGUACGACGGCGAAGCGCGACGGCGACGACUACAUUCUGAACGGCACCAAGGCGUUCAUCAGCGGCUCGGGCGAGAGUGAGGUGUACGUGGUGAUGUGCCGCACCGGCGGGCCAGGACCCAGGGGCAUCUCGACGGUGGUGGUGGAGAAAGGCACUCCCGGGCUGAGCUUCGGCAAGAAGGAGAAGAAACUCGGCUGGAACUCUCAGCCCACGCGCAUGGUCAUCUUCGAGGACUGCCGCGUUCCCGUCUCCCAUCGGCUAGGCGAAGAGGGACAGGGAUUCACCAUCGCCAUGGAGGGUCUCAACGGAGGACGCAUUAACAUCGCCUCUUGUUCAAUGGGAGCUGCCGCUGCAAGCAUCGACAUCGUCACCGAGCACAUGAAGGUUCGGAAGCAGUUUGGAAAGCCUCUGGCUUCCUAUCAGCACAGCCAGUUCUGCCUGGCGAGGAUGGCCACGAAACUUCAGUCUGCCCGCCUGAUGGUGCGCAAGGCAGCUGAGGCUAUCGACCAAGACCGACCAGAGAAGGUUACCAUGAGCGCCAUGGCAAAGCUGCACGGAACUGAGGAGAGCUUCAAGAUUACGAACCAAGCACUGCAGAUGCUGGGCGGUUACGGCUUCAUCAAGGAGUACCCUGUGCAGCAGUACCUGCGAGACCUGCGGGCCCACAUGAUCAUUGAAGGAACCAACGAAGUCAUGCAGAUGGUGAUCUCCAAGAACAUCCUACAAGGAUGAUGAAAGUUUAUUUCAGUGCCAACACUGUGCCGAGGUCAUGAAGCUGUGACCGACCUAGCACUCCGCCUUCUUUUGUGGAUGCCGUUCAUCGUGUGUAUAAUAUGCGCCAAGAAAUUGCACCUGCACACGAGAAACCUUGGCUGAAAACGUGUCUUUGAAAGCUCCAGGACGAUAACGCAAAAGUUGAUCAUUUUUUUUAACGCGCAUCAUCGGUAAUUUUCUGAAGCUCUUGAUGUACCGCCCGCGCCCAGCCCAAAGGCGGAACAGCGUUUUGUGCCUCAAGGUUCUCGCCAUGCUGUUGCGUAGGGUGAACACGGGGUGAGGGUGAGGAAUUCAACUGAAUAAGGAACCACGUGAAGCAAAUAGACGCUAUUCAACGCACCUGUUUGCGUCGUCUGAGCUGCUUGCGAAUUUCUUGUACGAAGCUGAGUGAGAUUGUAAAUAAAGCUGUGUACGUGGGUGAGCUGUACAAACCUUUGUAUUAAAACAAAAAUGACCAUUCUUCGGCUGUCACGCAAAAGUGCCGUACACUGAGCUGUACAUACUACCGGUUAAUAAACCAAUUUGUAUUGAGCGCUCGUCCCGUA